AUGGCUCGUACGCAAAAGAACAAGGCUACCUCCUACCAUUUAGGAACCUUAAAAGCUAAAUUGGCAAAAUUGCGUAAAGAAUUAAUGACUCCCUCUGGCGGAAGUGGUGGUGGCAGUGGUG